AUGCCCAUUUCUAGCGCGAUUGGUCUCGGUGUUCGAUCCCUUGCUUCGAAUUCGGUUCACAGAUGUAAACGAUUGAAUCAGUUUGGUAGUAUCCUCACAAAUCCAUCCUUCCUUGUUAACUGCAUAACAAAGACACCUCAUCACGAAGAUCAUGCGAGGCUGCUCACUGUGUCUCCCAUCGCUAUCCCACAACAGAAGAAGGAGCAUCUGGAGGUUGAACGCAAAUUUGUGUUCGAUGUUACCAAAGUUCCUGUGAUGGAACGCAACAGUGGCCCCGUAAAAUUCGAUUCAGUCAAAUUUAUCUGCACAAAGUCUUUCACCGACAUCUAUUACGACAUCGACGAGAGGGGCUACCCCCUAACUUCCCAAGACAUUUGGCUUCGUCAGCGUGACCAAAAAUGGGAAUGUAAGACUCCAACAGAUUUGGUGGCUUCAAUGGAUUCCUAUCAUGAGCUCGAAGACUUGAACGAGAUUUCCGACUUCCUCCGACAAACACUCGGCGUGCAAACUUUGUCAUCCCCAAAAGAUUCUCAAUCAUUUGGAUAUUGGUUAAAUCAAAAUUUCUCUUUGACUCCAUUCUGCACGAUAAAGACAACGCGCCAACAUUACCUUCUGGAUGGCGAGUUUACGUUGGAUUUGGACACCGCAGAUUUUGGACAUCAUGUAGGAGAAAUUGAAUUGGUUGUACACUUGAAAAAUGAAAUCAAAAAUGCUGAAAUGAAGAUCGCACGCUUGUUGAAGAAACACGAUUGGUUCUUUGAUACUAGCGGAACGGUUAUGGGCAAAUUGUCGGCUUAUAUAGGAAGGUUUAACCGGAAACAGUGGGAAUGCAUGGAAAGGUCUGGCAUUUUGAAAAGGAAAUUGUAUCCCGAGAGUUUGGACGAUGUGAUCAAAAGGGAGAAAGAAUAA